UCUAAGUAUCACUACAAGUGUAAACAAAGAUUUAGUUCGGAGAAGAGGCUCAUGUCCAGCAGCAUUUUUAGCUCAUAUUUGUGCCCUAAACCUCCAGACACAAUGGGAGAACAAACUAAAGAAAAUCCGCUCCACAUCUCGUGGCAUGACAGCAUGUGGAUCCCACACCUCAACUCCACUAAUGUCAUGGACUAUUUUGCGGAGCGGACGAACCCCUUCUACUCCCGUGACUGCAACAACGAGUUCAUCAAGAUGCAGCAGAACACGAGAGUGGAUCAGCUGACCCACAUGCAAGGUGUAGAGUACAUGCUGCUCCACACGCAAGAGCCGAUCCUGUACAUUAUCAGGAAGCAGCACAGGUACUCUCCAACACAGGUCACUCCACUAGCCAACUACCAUAUUAUUGGCGGCCAGGUUUACCAGACGCCCGAUUUGGGUUCCGUCAUCAAUUCCAGAGUGCUGGGAGCAGUCAGUAACCUCAACAGCGCCUUCACGGAGAUGCAGUCAUUUUCACACUACCAUCCAUCCAGAGGGUACUGGUGGCAGUUCAGGAAUCAGGGCGACCAAACAGAGCAGCAGAAGAAGGAAAAGGAGAAGAAGGGACAAGUGAAGAAGGAGGAGCCUGCAUCACUCUUCCAACAGAGACGUGUAGAUUCGCUCCUGGAAGACCUCCAGACCAGAUUCCCCUACAAGUACCCAACAGUACCGCAGCAGCCACAGAAUGCCCAAAACCAACCCCAGGAGGGAUCAAAAGCAGGAGAAGACACCAAACCAGAUGUGAAAGUGGAAGUGAAGGUAGAAGUGAAGACGGAGAUCAAGACUGAGCCCGCCUCGCAGACCCCAUCCCAACGCACAGCCAAGCCCCCACCCGAGAAGCGCCAGAGAACGGGACCUUGACUCUGGUGCCGAGAUAUACCCUACAGAUACCUCUCUGUGUAUUCUUUAAAUUCCUCAGUGAUAUGUCUCUGAUAUUCCUCAAAUACCCUCUCAUAUGCUCCUCAAAUAGCUCGUCAGAUGCCCCUCAAAUACUUUUUUAAAUGUUAUUUAAGAACCCUUUUGAUACCCCUCUGAGGUUCCUCAAAUGUCCCUCUGAUACCUCGUGUCCUCUCAAGAUUUGCAGAAAUGGGCUACAUGUGUUUUGUCUAUGCAAGUGGAGGAACAGAACUCGGAUGAUUGCUGUCCACAGGUAAAAUGCCAUUUCAGGGAUAUUGUAUGAAUAAAGUUUUAAUAUAAAAGUGUUCGUAUGUGGAUGUGGUUUUGGGAUACUGAAUGAAUAGUGGAAAAUAAAUGAAAAUGGAAGAGUGAAAAUUAAUAAAUUAUUGAAGUCUCUAA